CCUACGAAUCCAUUCCCGCAGCUCGACGUAGUUCUCCGCCAUGCCUACGUCGCGCCUUCUCCCUACUGUAUCUCAGACUCAAGGCCGUUCAUGCACUACUUUCCAUAUUCCACCGCUAGAUGGCUCAUUGACCUACCCUCAGCUGCUUGAUUACCACGGGAAACACUCUGCCGAUCAUCGCUUGUUCAUCUAUCCGGAGGACGAUGGUACCUCCAAAACUAUUACCUGGUCCCGUGCCAGCCAGGCCAUCCGUAAAAGUGCGCUGCUGGUGAGAGAACGUCUAGGCUGGAAGGCCAAUGAGGGUGACCACCCGGUCGUCGCGAUACUGUCCGCCUCAGACUCGAUACCCUAUGCGACGACGAUCAUGGGGAUCAUGCGUGCGGGCUAUACCCCGUUUCCUCUCUCGACGCGGAACUCGCCUGCAGCCGUCGUGCAUCUACUCGAGAAGACUAACGUCAAGCAUGUGAUCGUUGGGCUUGACGAGGCCAUGCAGGAGCUGGUCGCAGAUGCGUUCGAGAUCCUCAAAUCGCAGUAUAACUCCACGAACAUACCAGAAACGUCGCCAAUGCCUGUCUUCAGCGAUCUAUAUGGGGCCGGGCCUGCGGACAUCUCCGCGGACGAUGUUCUCUAUGAACAUCCGGGGUUAGACGAGCGCGCAUUUCUUCUGCACUCAUCGGGGUCAACCGCCUUCCCGAAGCCGAUUCCCUGGACCCACCGAUCAUUGCUACAAAUCGCUAGAACUCCGUUCUACGGAGAGCGCGACCUAACAGGCCGUUCUAUGUCUAUGCAUGGCCUGCCGAUGUUCCAUGCAAUGGGCAUGAUCCUCACAUCGAAUGCUGUAACUUGCGGCAUGGUGCUCGCUGUACCCGCGCCGAAGACGCCGCCCGUUACUCCUACUCAUGACUCGGUCAUCCAAGGCGCAAUGGCAACCGACGCAGAAAUAGUCGUGACUGUGCCAUCAAUGAUCGAGGCUUGGUCGCAAAACCCCGAGUAUGUGAAAUGGCUCGCUACGCGGGACGGUGUCAUAUGUGGCGGUGGCCCGCUCAGCAAGGAGCGUGGCGAUCAGCUGGUUUCUCAAGGCGUCAGAGUCCUCGUCGGCUAUGGGUCCACUGAGUGUGGGUCUGUCAACAUGUUCAUAGCUGCUGACCCAGGGGUAGACUGGGAGUAUUUCCACUUUGGGACCUACCUACAGGUGAAGCUGGGACCUUACGGAAACAAUGAAUACGAAGUCACCGUAGUGGCAAACGAGUUUUUGCGCCCGAACGUGAUCAACACCAAGGUCGAUGGGGUGGACGCCUACUCGACUUCCGAUCUUGUUGCGCCUCAUCCGACAAAGAAGGGUCUGUACAAGGUCGUGGGUCGCACUGAUGAUCAGAUCAUGCAUAGUACCGAAACCAUGAUGAACCAGGACCCACAUGUGCAGGCGAGCGUCAUGUUCGGUCGUGGGAAACUCCAGACAGGGAUUCUUGUCGAGCCUAAGCGGGAAUACAGCUUUGAUCCCUCUGACGAGGUUAACAUGAACGGAUUCGCGCCGCAGCACUCGCGGCUCUUCAAGGAGAUGAUAUUGGUAGCCAAGCCGAGCAAACCCUUCUUAUACACGGCUAAGCAUACCGUGCGCCGUGGAGCUGUGAUCAAGGAAUACGAGGACGAGAUCGACGCACUGUACGAAUCGGUCGAAAGCAGCUCGCAGUCCGCUGUUUCACCCCCUUCAAGCUGGGACAUUCCCGCCGCGACUGGAUUCGUUCGUGCGGUAGUUAGUCAAGUCAUGAGCCGCAGCAUACCCGACGACGGCGAUCUCUUCCAGCACGGUUGCGACAGUCUUCAAGCCACAUAUAUCCGAAACAUCCUGCUACGCGCCGUCCGCGAGACAACGAAGGUCGACACGCGCCCCGUACCGGAGAGCUUCGUCUAUGACCACCCGAGCAUCACGCAACUGGCCGCGUUCACUCCUCCAUCGCGCUCGGCAAUCCCGACUGAGAUAGAGCGGAUCUACGCGCUGAACCGGCCUUCGAGGGACCAGUCCCGCUCGCGAGAGGCAGAAGUCGGCGCUGACGACCACGGGCUCGACGCGAGCGUGCUGGACUCGGACAAGGUCGUACUACUCGAGGGCGACCUGACGAAGGCGGACUUCGGCAUGGGCGAGAAGGUGUAUGAGGAGCUUCGUCGUUCGGUGACGCACAUCAUUCACAAUGCUUGGCGUGUGGACUUCGUGAUCAACCUCACGUCCUUCGAGCCGCAGGUGGAAGGUGUCCGGGCCCUGGUUGACUUCGCACUCAGCUCCCCCCUACCUGAACCACCGAGGCUGGUGUUCGAGAGCUCGAUGGGGACGCUCCAGAAUGCCCCAUCGGAGGAGUUGAUCUUGGAGUCUUCCAGCAAACCCGAGUACGCCAUCGGCACGGGCUACGCCGAGUCGAAGUGGGUCUCUGAGCAGAUCCUGUUCACUGCCACCGAGAAGACAGCGCUCGACCCGCUCGUCGCGAGACUGGGUCAGAUCUGUGCUGGCCGUGAUGGUGUGUGGAACGCCCACGAGUGGUUCCCGUCCAUGGUCCAGAGUGCGCCUACACUGGGCUGCUUCCCCGACGACCACAAGUCUGAUCCUCUACCAGCCGUCGACUGGAUCCAACUGGACCUCGCCACCGCCGCGCUCGUCGAUUUCCGCAAGGCGUCCAGCCCGACACAGCUCGUGCACCUCGUCACCCCGCCCCGUCUCUGGCACAUCCUCGCGUCGCCGUCUCCGCCGAGUUCUCCGUCCCGCUGUGCCGUUCGCGACGUGGCUCGCCAAGCUCGAGCAGCACUCCGGCGGCAGCGCGGACGGGUCGGCGUACAGAGCCUGCGCGCGCUGCACCUGCUGCCGAUGUUCCGCGGGAUGGCGGAGAACGUGGGCAGGGACGCGGGCGUGGGUAUGGCGGAUAUGGACGUGAGUAGGGCGAAGGAGGCGUCAGGGACGAUGGCGGACCCGGGAUGAGGCAGCUGGGUGUGGAGGACGUGCAAGGUGGUUGGCGUAUUGGCGGAGAGUUGGGCUCUUUGCUAGGGAGUGAGCCGGUUCACGCCGGCAGGUUGUUGUGUGCAUGGGCGCGUAGAAGGCAGGAAACGUGCAGACACGCGUAUGUCUGGGUGUAGGAUAGAAACGCGGUCAUUAUGGACGUGCAGGAUAUAGGUUUGUUUGUUCCUUUGGUGUCACUGGGGUCUGAGGGCACCGGCGGAGCCUGGGAAAAUAGUGAGUAUGGAACAUUGAGAGCAAGUCGCGUGUGUAUGCAUAUAGGCUUCAGUCACGAAAGAAUUGAUUAAUCCGAGCGGCUCAGCA